UCCAUGAAUGGAUCACUGUUUUGUAGUGGUAAAAGCACGUCGGGUCAAACAAGUUAAAAAGAACGCCAUUUUACGUGAAAGCAACUAACUAGUAGUUUUGCGAUAGUCGUAAACUAAUGUAAAAGAUAAUUGGGGAAUGUAACGAAUGGCUUUUCCGGAAAUAACUAUUGUUUUUGUGCUCCUAGUAAAAUACAAGAUUAAAAAAGGAAUAUUUUAUUACAGAUUUUAUUUAUGUUGACUUAAAGCAAUAUACGAAUAAGGACAAAGGAUCGAUAUUCAAUUUGUUUCGCAGAAGUCAUUAAUUAUAUGUCACUUUUAUUUUAGAGAAGCGGACAAUUAUUAGUCUUUGUUGUAAAAUUAGACACCGGGGCUCUAAUAUAGUUUAAUGAUAACUAAUUUGAAAGUAGUAAACUUAUUGCAAGUGCUCGUUGAAAUAAUCAAUCAAGACAGUUUCAAAGUGAGGUUAUUUUAAGUGCGGGUGAGAUUUUGAAUUGGAUUUUUUUUAAUGUUUGCAAAUGACUAUCGAGAUAUAUUGUAAUUUAAAAAAAUGUCAUUUAAAAAAGUGCUAAAUGGUUUUGACUGUGGAUUAGUGAAUGUGUAGUAUAUGCUUCGUAUCGUACUAGAAACAAUUAUCCGUGGCCAUGUAAAAUUGGUAAUAGAGUUGUAUUUCUGUAUCGUUACUGAUCAUAUCAAAUUAGUAUGCUUGUAUGAGUUUAUUACUGAGAUCUUGUUAAAUUAAUCUAGUUGUAACAGUAAAUUAGCAAUGAUCAUCUUUAAUGAAAUAGCUAUCUAAGUUAAUAUUAAGAAUGUUAGGAUGACCGUGCUUCGAAGCGCUAAUUAUGGUCAAUGGCACGUCACCUAGUGAAAUUAUUGAUGGAAUUUCGAACAAUGAUUGGGACACGAACGACUCAUACUAUACUCAAGACAACGACGAUCUGUUUGCACUAUCUUUCAAUGAAUUUAUGAAUGGUGACUUUUUGGCAAAUGUAACCACGGGUUUAGCUCUGGUACCAAAUUCAACAAAUUUCAACCAAAGGGAAUAUAUGUCGUUGUACCUUGGACCUAAAAGGAAUAGGUUCCCAAUUGUUAUUGGUCUUACAGCUAUCUAUACAACUAUAUUUUUCACAGGGAUUAUGGGGAACCUGUUUACUUUUGUAGUUAUUUUGAAAAACUUUUACAUGCGAACUGUGACAAAUUACUAUCUUGCGUCUCUAGCAUUGUCCGAUCUUCUGGCACUUGCAUUUGCAUUACCACCAGAAGUAUACAACAUUUGGGAAGCGUAUCCAUGGAGAUUCGGGGAACCAUUUUGUAUUUUCAAGUCAUUCCUUUUAGAAUCAACAUCAUAUGCCUCAGUAUUGACAAUAACUGGAUUUACAAUAGAACGAUAUAUAGCAAUUUGUCAUCCAAUCAUAGGACAGAGAGUUUCAAGACAGUCUCGUGCAAUAAAAUGCAUAGUCAUCAUAUGGAUCAUAUCCGGAUUAGUGGCCUUACCAUACCCGAUUCAUACUCGAACUUUCUACUAUUUAAAAGAUCCUCGGAAUAAUCGUCCACUUCCGGAUACACUUGUUUGCAAUAUUCCUAUAAAAUGGCACGAAAGGAUGAUUGUCAUGUUCCAAGUUUCGACUUUUGCAUUUUUCUUUCUUCCAAUGACAGUUAUAACAGUAAUGUACAUUUUGAUUGGACUUCGACUGCGUAAAACUGAAAUAGGAUCGACAAAAGGACCUAUAAAUGCUGGCACAAAGAAUACAGCUACACGAGCGCGUAAAGCUGUUUUGAAAAUGCUAGUUGCAGUAGUUGCCGCUUUCUUUCUUUGUUGGGCACCAUUCCAUGCUCAGCGACUUAUGACGUUAUAUACUAAACAUUGGACCCCUGAAACAAUGGAGUUUCACAGUCAUCUAUUUUACAUAUCAGGAGUUUUAUAUUUUGUUAGCUCAACAGUAAAUCCAAUAUUAUACAACCUGUUAUCACGAAAGUUCAGAUAUGCUUUCAAAAGAACGUUUUGUAGAUGCUGUAUAGAUCUUGAUAAGUUUCCUACAUUUUAUAAACUAAAAGCUAUAUUUAAAAGUAAAAACGAUCCAGCUACCAGUACGCCUAGUGGGAUGAGAUAUAUGUUUCCACAGAAACAAGUUAGAAUGAAUACCGUGUACGGACCUAAAAACCGUACAGCAUCUCAACAAAGACUUCUUCCAAACAUUCAGCCAUCAACCAAAGAUUCACUAUUGAAGGCAUCGAAUGGAUCGUCUUCCGAAAGUGGUUCUCAUGCGCACUCUGAUGGACGUUUGCAUUAUUUGUGUCGUCAUAAAAGUUGCUCAAGUAACAGAACAAGACCAAGUAUCGAAAGUCAAAUGUUUUGUAAACAUUUUAAUAACGCAUCUUGUCAAGAUAUGGAAACGCUUAGGAAAUCUAAUAACGCUAACAAAAGCCCACUUGCAACAUUUGAUUCUGUUUGUGUUGCAGAAAAUGUCAGCUUGAAGGGCAAAUAUUUUGUGUGUGAAAACUAUUAAAUUAUAUUAUUGAAAACGAAUAUUGGCUACACUUAAGUGUCGAAUUUUACGACCGCCGUUUAAACUAUUGAAUAUGUGAUCAUGAAGAAAAGGGAACCUGUUGAUCUAGUUUCCUCAACGAUGAAUAAAAUAUACAAAUAUCUGUAUUAUCUUUAGAAUGUUAAAAGUAGCAAAUUAUUUAACAAAAUAUAUGACUCAUUCUUUAUAUAUAACCACGAUAUUAGAUUUCAGUCAGAACUUAAGGAAUACAAUCCAAAUGCAGCAUUUUUCGACACACAAAACAAAUUAAUCAUUAUUCAAAUACCUCUUUAUUGACUUC